CAGGAAGCUUCGUUAGAGAGAAAGUUGGUAUAUGCUGGAAGCAUUAUUCCUGAACGAACCCAGCCAAAUGUGGAGUAGAGUAGAAAUUACAUAAGAGAGAAUGGGGUUCGGGAAGGACUUGUACUAGUAAUGCACAUUGCACAAGCAUCUUUGUCUCCGCAUAUUCCAAUUCCAUGCACAAACCCAAGGACUUGUAUUCUAUUCAACUCGUGUUACACGGUAUAUAAGUUGACUUCUGAACCCUGAUUUGAGAGUGAGAGCAGGGUGCGCUUCAAGUUGAAGUUCUCAAUCUGAUUGCAAAGGAGAAAAUGGGUGAUAAUGAUUCGCUCUCCGAAUUCCUCGCAUCUGCAGUCGACGCUGCUUGCAAGGCUGGUGAGAUUAUUCGGAAAGGUUUCUAUCAGACCAAGAACGUGCAGCACAAAGGACUGGUUGAUUUGGUCACUGAAACUGAUCAAGCAUGUGAAGAUCUCAUAUUUACUCAUCUCAAGCAACUUUACUCCACUCAUAAGUUCAUUGGGGAGGAAACCACAGCUGCUGGUGGCAAUGCAGAACUUACAGAUGAACCCACGUGGAUAGUUGAUCCUCUCGAUGGAACUACUAAUUUUGUGCAUGGGUUCCCCUUUGUUUGUGUCUCCAUCGGUCUUACAAUUGGGAAAGUUCCUACAGUUGGCGUUGUUUACAAUCCAAUAAUUAAUGAGCUUUUCACUGGAAUUCGUGGGAAAGGUGCUUUUCUAAAUGGGAACCCUAUAAAAGUAUCAUCACAAACUGAACUAAUGAGCGCUCUUCUUGUGACUGAGGUUGGAACAAAACGUGACAAGUUAACAAUAGAUGCCUGUACAAAUAGGAUCAAUAGCUUGCUUUUCAAGGUGAGAUCCCUUCGAAUGACUGGCUCCUGUGCUUUAAACCUUUGCGGAAUUGCAUGUGGAAGGCUGGAUGUAUGCUUUGAACUUGGCUUUGGAGGUCCUUGGGAUGUGGCAGGCGGUGCUGUCAUUGUUAGAGAAGCCGGAGGUGUUAUAUUUGAUCCGUCUGGUGCAGAUUUUGACAUCACAUCUCAGCGGGUGGCAGCUUCCAACCCUUUCUUGAAGGAUGCCCUUGUUGAUGUUCUGCACCAAAUCGUGUGAGAAGCUUACUAUUAAUCAAUGACAAGGAGAAAUUGAGUCAGCCUUAUGUUAAUUCAUUUCCCUUUUGUUAAAAUGCUUUGAAUUGUGGGAUUCAUGGCGUCAAUUAUUUUUCUAAUUCUCUUGUGACCUUACCAAAAUAUUAGUAUUUAUUCUUUAUUUUUUUUCUCCAAAAAUCUCACAUAGGUAACGAUGCAACUUGCUUUAAAAUAAUUCCAUCGCAUAGCCUAUGAGCUGCUGCUUCAACUUGUCAA